AUGGCUACAGCGGACCGAUCUCACGCCUUCCACGGCAUCAUCAUCCACUCCACCUCCCUCCACAGUCUGACCAUCCUCGAGAAUGCGCUGCUCGUCGUCAACCCCUCUGGCCAAAUAGCCUCGCUCGAAGCUAGCAUCCCUCCUGACCAAGUCCCAACCAAGCUCGCCUCGCUCAACCCCAGACCCGGGUGUCCCGUCACAUACAUGCCUCGUGGGCAGUUCCUCAUCCCUGGCUUCGUGGACACGCACCACCACGCACCGCAAUGGCUUCACCGCGGCCAGGGACAGGGCCUCCACAUUCUCGAGUGGUUGGACCAAGUUGCCUUUCCGAACGAGGCGCGAUUCCAGGACGCCUCCCACGCGGAGAGAGUCUACAGUGACGUCGUGUGCGGGAUGCUGCGCCAGGGCGUAACAACAGCGAGUUACUAUGGCUCCAAACACGGUGAGGCUACCAAGAUUCUCGCGGAUAUCUGUCUAUCACGAGGGCAAAGAGCUCUCGUCGGGAAGUGUAAUAUGAGUAGAAAUGCACCAGACUACUACCGUGACAAGGAUGAGGAUGAAUCUCUGCAAGUCACGCUCGAUUGUAUAAAUCACAUCAAAACAAUCGAUCCAAGAGGCGAACUGGUGCGACAUGUGUUGACGCCACGAUUCGCAAUCUGCUGUGAGGCCAAACUUCUUUCUGGGCUGGGCGAUAUCGCCAAGAAGUAUCCCGAUAUGCCUAUCCAGACACACUUCAACGAGUCGGAGCAAGAAAAGAACGCAACGCUCACGCUCUUCCCGGAAUUCACAAACGAGGCAGACCUCUACCAGCACUUCGGGCUGCUAAACGAGCGAUCUAUCCUCGCUCACUGCACCAUCAUGACGGACUACGAAACCAAGCGGCUAGCCCAACUGAAAUGCGGCGUUGCGCAUUGUCCUACCGCGAACAUGACCAUUGGAGGAGGCUUCAUGGCUGCGCCCGUCAAGGAAUUUCUACGCAACGGCAUCAAAGUUGGCUUGGGCACCGAUUCCGGCGGCGGGUACUCGAGCUCUAUGCUCAAUGCCAUGCAGCACAGCCUCGUGGCGUCCUUUGCGCGAGACUAUCUCGAUACGAGAGACGGGAGGGCGGCCGUGUCGUUUGAGGAGGUUUUUCACAUGGCGACCCUGGGAGGCGCCCAGGUCGUCGGGUUUGAUGCCGAGGUUGGCAAUUUUGAACAGGGCAAGGAGUUUGAUGCGUUGGUGGUGGAUGUGACGAGGGAGGCGGGCGGUGUUAAUGCGCCGCUGGAGGAUGAUGAUUCUGUGAGGACAAUAUUGGAAAAGUUUGUCAUGACGGGGGAUGAUAGGAAUAUAAGAAGUGUGUUUGUCAAGGGAAGAAGGGUACAUGGCGUGUGA